CAUCAUGUAGACUGGGAUCUGGGAACAACUUGACUUGAACUUUAAUAUCCCUCAAAUGAAUAGUGACACUUAAAAUAAUAAUAAAAAAUUUAGCGUUUUCUGUGUUUAAUUCCUUUCUACUGUCAAAUUAAUUCAGUUUAAGUCAAGUGGCAACAACGAUGAGCUAAUUAUGUUGUAAUUUGAGUCGUUUUGGAUAAGGUCGGAUUCCAUGUACAACUCCGCCUACGAAAAGGUCUAUUGUGUCCCCAUGUUGUUGACUAAAGUAUGAACACGAAAGAUUUAUUGCAUCAUGAGACCUGCAUAGUCGAGUACUAACCAUUCCUGUCGGUUUGUUCUAUAAGUUUGUACAUUUUAAUCUUUUAAGCUAACUUUAAGUGUCAUCAGUUUAACUUUUAUGUUUACAGUCCCUGCAUUAGGAGUUUACAUUGAGGUUAAACAAUGCAUGUGUAUAGUGAUGGUAUUAAUAAACUGGACGGCCUAAGCCAGGAAGAUAAAAAAGAAGCAGAUUCUGGCCAUUCAGUACAAAGCAUUGGAACACUUCAAAAUGUUUUGGUGAGACAUCAUAUGAAUAGUCACAAAGUCUCCCAAACAAAGCUUAUUAAAGAACUGGAAAAGUUGAAACUGGACACCAAUGGAAGCAUCAGAGUUCUAGCUAAACGAUUAAACAUGUACCAGAGUUCAGCAAUACAAAAUGCACAUGAAGAUUAUCUAAAAAAAAAGGUCUUUGAUUUCUAUGUUGUUAUUGACUUCGAAGCAACAUGUGACGGGCAAAAGGAUAUCAAACCAGAACACCAAGAAAUUAUUGAGUUUCCUGCAGUUUUACUAGAUUGCAAAACUGGGAAAGUGGAGGAUGAAUUUCAAUCCUAUUGCCGCCCAAUACUGCAUCCCUUACUAACAGAUUAUUGCCUCAAACUUACAGGAAUCACACAGGACAUUGUGGAUCAAGCACCUUCCUUUCAUGAAACUUUUGCAUCUUUUAAUGAAUGGUUACAAGGAAAGGAUUUGGGUUCCAAAUUUUCUUUUGCAAUUGUCACUGAUGGAUCAAAGGAUAUGGGUCACUUCCUGAAAAGGCAAUGUGCGUUAUCGAACAUUCUCUUCCCGGAAUAUGGGAAAUAUUGGGUCAAUAUUCGAAAAACCUUCAGCAAUUUUUACAAGGUUGGUGAUAUGCAGAAACGAGCUCGUCGUAUCAAUGAGACGGUGUUAAAUGCAAUGAUUCGGGAGAUGGGUUACCAAUUUAAAGGACGCGCCCAUUCAGGUUUGGACGAUGCUCGAAACAUUGCAUGCAUUGUUCAAGGUUUGCUGAAAGACGGUGCAUCAAUAGUAUUUAAUGAAAAGUUGCCGGAAGAAAGCGCAAAGGAAACAAACGGCAAGGGGCUGUUUUGUCUACCGGUAUUCCAACCGGAAUUCGGAAUCAUCAAGGACACGCUUAAAUCAAAUUUUCCCACCAAAAAUUGUCCGACAAAUGUUUUGGUACAAUCAUCCGUGAAUGAGACUGCCAUCAUGGAGAAGUCAUGCACUAAAAGUACUAUAUUACGUGGGGAAACCCUGGGAGAGAAGAUAUUGGAGACUGCUAGCAAAAAAGCUGCGGCAGCGAAACCUGAAGAAACGGUGUCUGAACUUGCUCCAGUAAUGAUAUUCACCGAAAACGAGGGGGACAAAACCCGAAUAAAUGGUGCAGUAUCAAAUAUUUCUUUCGAAAACGUCUCCUCGAUAAACAUUACAACGAAGAUUGUCACUGAAGAUGUUCAAUCUAAGAGCAAUAAAAAGCCACUGGCUAUCGAACCAAAAUCGAAAGUUUCUAAAAUUAAAAAUGCUGCGGUGAAUGCAACAAAAUCUCGAAAUAAAAAAAAGUCGGCUAAAACUACAAGCAAAGGAACUCCAACAAAGAUUCUUGACAAUGUGGAUCCCACCAUGACUUCAGCCGUAAGCAUACCCGAGAAAAAAAUCCCAGUGAAGACCCUUCUGCAAGAGGCUCCAGUAAAGACCCCGGCAAACGAAAUUCUUAUUAAGACCAGCGAAAAAAAGCCUUCAGCACAGACUCUUGCAAAAAGUGCUCCAGCAAAGAAUGGUAAAAAAAAGACUUCAACUAUGACUACUGUGAACAGUUCACCAACCCCUUCUGCCCAGUGCACUGUCCAAAGCUCAAAAGCUCAAGCGAAAAAGUCUCCAUUGUUUACUGCCACAGAAAAAAGUGGGAAUAAAACUAGCACAAGGCACCGUGUAAAGGUAUUGCCAACCGAGGACUCAGCCAAAGAGGCCGACACAAAUGUUUUCCCAAACAUUUCUGAGUCUUCAAAUCAUGAGAAAACUGCAGAACUGUUAGCUAAGGAACUGAAGCUUGCCAAAAAAAAGUUUUAUGGGAAAACUCAGUAUGCACCAGUCCCUAUCGGAGAAUUAAAAAAGGCAUUGAAGAACAUUGAAAAUCUGAAGAAACGCUUAAAUGCUGUCCGAUCAGUGAAACCUCCAUGUGUUCCAAGCAAGCCACUGGUUGCAGAAGGGGUAACCAUUGCAAAGGGAUCAGACGUGGUAGAAAAGCGGAAUACAAGCAAGGCUAGUAAAAAGGCAACUGGUUCUUCACAGAAAAAUAAAGCCUCUUCAUCAAGAGUAGGGAAUAAUUCAGAGAGUAAAGAUAGCCUAGAAACUGCUGUGCGUGAAACGCAAAACCCACUUCCUGAUAAGAUGACUGCAAGUUUUUUGCAGUUGGAUGUAAAUCCACGUCCCAGAGAACAAAGCGUUUGUGAUAAAGCCAAAGAAGAACUGUUCUUUCAGAUUUUUGAGAACGUUUUGGAUAAAAUGACAAUGAGAGACCAAGCAGGAAAAGAAUGAAGUCUAAGAGGAAGGAAAGAAGCUCAAAACCAUUUUUAUCGGUCGUGAUAACGGUAUAGAAGACAUAGCUUGGACGAAAAACUUAUUAACCGAGAAAAUAAAUUACUACCUUGAAAUCAGCAUUCAAUUAACAGAAAACUGUAAGUUUCAAGCAUUUUCGAGAGAUUCCGCCUUCCCAAUUUUUCAUUUUUCGCAAUAAUCUAGAUUUGUAAAAAUACAUGAUUCGCACUUGUAAUGGAACGAAAAUCACAAAAAUUGAUCUUAUUUUACCGUAGGAAGGAAAUUUUUGUAAAUAAACAUAAAAAAAGGAUUGAAAAAGUAUCGCGCCAGUACUCCGCUACAGCGCUACCAUGUUUAGCAAAAUUAUUCGACAUAAUUCAAAUAUGGCUGAUUUGGCGAGAAAAUAAAUUACUACCUUGAAAUCGGUAUUCAUUGAAAAGUGAA